CCCGUCAGUGGCGGGGCAUGUCGCGAUCUCAGGGACCGAAGAGACAUUUUUAUUUUGCAACAGCCUUUCUCUGUCGGGUACAAAGAAGGAGAGAGUUUGUUAAUCUUUGAGAUCUCCCCUUGGCCUUUUCGGUUUACUUUUUUGUUCGUUUCAACCUAAUCUUCUGACAAAUAAUUAAGUUCCCAGUCAUGGCAACUCUCGAAGCGAUCAAGUAUUCGCGGGGCAAGUUGUUAGUGCUCGACCAGCUGCGACUACCCCACGAACACCACUACGAUGAGGUGUCGACCGCCGAGCAGGCCUUUGACUGCAUCCGGUCGAUGAGGGUUAGAGGCGCACCCGCCAUCGCUCUUGUUGCUGCUCUCGCUCUUGCGGUUGAGUUGCAUAACGGGGCCUGUUACAAAACAACAGGAGAUGAAACCAUCGACUACAUCAAAUCCCGCCUCGACUACCUUAAGGACAGUCGCCCAACCGCCGUCGACCUCUCCAAUGCCAUCGACCUCCUCAAGGCGGUCGCGCGUGAUGCCAAUGACGACGCCCUCCCCCCGCCCAAAGCUAAGGAGGUCGUCCUGAACGCGUACACCGAGGCCGCUGAGAGACUUCUCGCCAAAGACCUCGAGAACAACCGGUCCAUCGGGUCCCACGGCGCCGCCUGGCUGCAACAGCAGUACAACGCCUCCCCCAACCGGCCACUGUCAGUCCUCACGCACUGCAACACAGGUUCGCUCGCAACCUCAGGCCACGGCACGGCGCUGGGCAUCAUCCGCAGCCUACACUCCCAGCAACUCCUCAAGCACGCCUACUGCACCGAGACGAGACCCUACAACCAAGGCAGCCGGCUGACGGCGUUCGAGCUGGUCUUCGAGGGCAUCCCCGCGACGCUGGUGACAGACAGCAUGGCGGCGGCGCUGUUCGCGCUGCACCGGGAGCGCAUGAACAUCGGCGCGGUGGUGGUCGGCGCCGACCGCGUCGUCCGCAACGGCGACACGGCCAACAAGAUCGGCACUUAUGCGCUGGCCGUGCUGGCCCGCCACCACGGUGUCAAGUUUGUGGUGGCUGCCCCGACGACUAGUAUUGAUCUUGAGACGGAGAGUGGGGCGGGGAUUAAGAUCGAGGAGCGCAAGGCUGAGGAGCUUACGCAGAUCACGGGCGCGGUGGUGAAUGCGGAUGGGAGUGUUGACACUAGCCGUACUGCGAGGGUGGCUAUUGCGGACCAGAGGAUUGGCGUGUGGAAUCCGGCGUUUGAUGUGACGCCGCACGACCUGAUAGACGCCAUUGUUACUGAGAGGGGGGCGGUGGUGAAAGGGGGGGACGGCAAGUUUGACUUUAAGCAGGUGCUGCCGGAGAGGUGGCGGUGGUAGGGACGUUGCGGUACUCCGUAGUUGUGACACUUCAUUUGCAACCGCGCGUAUUGGUCUGCAUUAUGUCUCUGUUUCCAAGUGCUGGAGGGCCGGAUUCACCUGCGAAGGACGUGCUGAACAGCUCCGGACAAAUCUCUCCAGGCACAGCAAUAUCGUGUUGAGCCUGAAUCAUUAAGACGGUCAGGAAUCACUCAGGCAAGCAUGGGUUUUGUCACAUCUCUCUAAUCGUCGCGACGGGAAAAUUCCGAACAGCGGGUGAUUUAACUAUGUUGAAGUUGGGAGAUGCCAUCUGGUAUUGGAAACCCUCGAGUUGGUGUAUACGGUAGGGAUUGCGAAGUACCGUAAAGUUAAAUUCUUAGGAUUGAUAGCUGUUUGAAACUCCGUAGCCCCCUGACGAUAAUAUCAACGAUUUCCUGG